AUGGCGACGGGCGGAGGAGGUGGACUGAAGAGGAGGAGGAAAGCGGGGCUCCCGGGCUUCUGUUGGAAAACCUGCUACUUUCCCAUUUUGUUCUGGGUCGUUUCCGUCUGCGGAGAGGAGAAGACGUUCAUUGUAGAGACGUGGCUGAAGAACUAUGGCUACCUGCUGCCUCAUGACAUCCGCACGUCCGACCUGCGGCAGGAGAAAGCCAUGCAGUCCGCCGUGGCCGCCAUGCAGCGCUUCUACGGCAUUCCCGUGACGGGGAUCCUAGACCAGACCACUAUAGAGUGGAUGAGGAAGCCUCGUUGUGGCGUUCCAGAUCACCCUCACACCAGCCGCCGUCAGAGGAAUAAACGCUACGCCCUAACGGGACAGAAAUGGAGAGAUAAAAAGAUCUCCUACAGCAUAUCUAACUUCACCCCUAAAGUCGGAGAGAAGGACACGCAGAGAGCGAUUCGGCAAGCUUUCGAUGUGUGGCAGACGGUCACGCCGCUCACCUUUCAGGAGGUGCCAUACCUAGACAUCAAGAACGAGGGCAAAGAGGCUGACAUCAUGAUCUUCUUCGCCUCUGGUUUCCACGGCGACAGCUCUCCGUUUGACGGGGAAGGGGGGUUCCUGGCCCACGCCUACUUCCCCGGGCCGGGCAUCGGGGGAGACACACACUUCGACUCGGACGAGCCCUGGACACUUGGCAACGCCAACCAUGAUGGUAAUGAUCUGUUCCUGGUAGCGGUCCAUGAGCUGGGUCAUGCGUUGGGUCUGGAGCACUCCAAUGACCCCAGCGCCAUCAUGGCUCCUUUCUACCAGUACAUGGAGACACACAACUUCAAACUGCCUCUGGAUGACCUGCAGGGCAUACAGAAAAUCUACGGCAUCCCAACGGCCAUGUUGGAACCCACAAGGCCAUUACCGACUUUACCCUCUCGACGGACACACUCCACCUCCGAGCGCAAGCAUGACCGCCACUCUCGUCCGGCACGUCCGCCCUCGGGGGACCGGCCCGCACUCCCUGGGAACGGCAAGCCCAACAUCUGCGAUGGCAACUUCAACACUGUAGCCUUCUUCAGACGGGAGAUGUUUGUCUUCAAGGACCGAUGGUUUUGGCGUCUGCGGAACAACAAGGUUCAGGAGGGCUACCCCAUGCAGAUCGACCAGUUCUGGAAGGGCCUGCCACCACGCAUCGACGCUGCCUACGAGAGAUCCGACGGCAAAUUUGUUUUCUUCAAAGGUGAUAAGUACUGGGUGUUUAAGGAAGUUACUGCGGAGCCGGGGUACCCUCACAGCCUGGUGGAGCUGGGCAGCUGCCUCCCAAAAGACGGCAUCGACACGGCACUGCGCUGGGAGCCAGUUGGGAAAACCUACUUCUUCAAAGGGGACCAGUACUGGCGCUACAAUGAGGAGAAGCGUACAGCAGAUCCAGGUUACCCCAAACCUAUCACCGUGUGGAAGGGAAUACCAGACGCACCGCAGGGAGCCUUCAUCAGUAGGGAGGGAUACUACACGUAUUUCUACAAGGGGAAGGAAUACUGGAAGUUUGACAACCAGAAGCUGACAGUGGAACCGGGAUACCCCAAGUCCAUCCUGCGUGACUGGAUGGGCUGUGACCAGUCUGACAUGGAGCGAUCCGGUGGCAGCGGUAACCGGGGCGACCGCCAGCUACCCCUUGAUGAUGUGGACAUCAUGGUGACCAUCAAUGACGUCCCAACGACAGUCAACGCCAUCGCUGUGGUGAUCCCCUGCAUUCUGUCACUUUGCAUCCUGGUGCUGGUGUACACGAUUUUUCAGUUUAAAAACAAAGGGGUGCAGCAGAGCACCAUGACACAGCACUACUACAAAUACCCCGUACAGGAGUGGGUAUGACAGGCACAAUGCUUUUCUUCUUAAGAUAUCAUAGGUCAAGCUUCAAGAGCUGAAGGAGAUUGAGAGGUUGUGACAUUGUUAGCCAGCUAAAACGCUGGCUGACACUGGCUGAUGCCGAGAAAGGUAGCAAAGCUGUUGAAUGGCAAUGCUGAAGGACGCUAAUUGCGCUUGCUAACAUUAGGGAUAAAUGCUAAAUGUAGGGACACCUGCUGAAAAUGAUCUGCAGAGUAAAUGCAGAUGUUGGCUCAGAGUAGAAGUGACUUUGUGUGAGUGUGUGUGUGUGUGUGCGUGUGUGUGUGUGGGUGAAUGUGUGGGUGAGUGUGUGUGACUCGUGCCUGUCUUGUGACACAAACACCUCUGUGUAAAACUGGAAGGCAAGGCUAGUUACACUGGUUUUGUCUUAACCCCCUUUUCCUCACCUGGCAAGGACCCUUAAAAGAAACAUAGCUGACUACAGCUGGAACAGCAUGAGUCGAAAAAGACUGUGGGCGGAUUUGAUUGGCUAAGAGAAGACAAACAGCCAAUAAGAUUUUCCAGCCUUGCACACUCGACUUGCCCACAUCUUCUCUGGUUGUGUAUGCAGGUGAAACGGAGUCAUAUGCGUGAUGCUGAACUUUGACGAUCUCUUCUGGGACCUAUAUUACAAGAUUCUUCUUCUCAGUGAAAAGAAAAGAAAAGAAAAGAAAAGAAAAGAAAAGAAAAGAGAGAGGGUUUGGGGCAGUAUAUGCUCCUCUAAGCCAGACACCACCUCCAAGUUUGUUCUAACAACAGCUUGUACAUGUGAACUACUUUAACUAUU